AUGGCGAAACCGACACAACCUCACAGGCAAACACCGAGCGUGACCGAAACGGACCUACUAAGAACACUUGGUAAAGCCCAUGGAAGCGCACCGAAUAUCAGUUUUGCUGCUCCGGCUGUGUCUAUUCACCCCCAUUCUCGAAUGGAUGAUGAUAUUCAAAAAUCACGACACUAUAUCCCAUCAGACCAAAAAUCGUUCAACAUCAAGAGAACACACUCUUUCCAAACCAUCAACCAGGGUAUUUCCGGUGCCACAUUGCCUUCCAAACCUUUGAGGCCAGUUGAAUCAAGUUUCCAACCACCCACUUAUGCGCGUGGGCGCCCAACUGAGUCACUGACAAUUUAUUAUAUGGGUAGGCCCAUGUCUGCACGAGCAUCAGUCGGUUACCCGCAAACAACCGCCAGUGAAAUUGGAUUCGUAACAGGAGAUCCAGGUCCCUUAAGUCUGGUCGGACAACGCUGGUAUCCACCGAAAGCAGAUUCCCCUGAAGGACGACGAGCACCAUACCCAAUAAAUGACUUUUAUCCGAAUUACCCAACAUUUCAAAAGGAGCACAGGGAACCAAGAAAACACUGGGGUUUUAGCCAGUCGCCCACAUAUGAAGAGGAACUGUCCGUUCAAAUCGACCACAGACCGACGGCUCUACAUCGAUCUGCAUCAGCCAGAGUUCCGUAUCCUCUUAGGAUGUCACCAAUGCAUUCAAAUUUGCAGCACUCAGAAAGAAGACUGGAAGAUCAGGUUCCUUCAGCUAACGAACCACAAUCAACAUGGAAUCACCCGAAAUCCGUAUCCGAAAUUGGCUUCACUAAUGGGACACAAACGCGACAGCAGGCAGGCACUCUUGCAUUCGAGCGCAAGAUGCCAUCGGAAUGUCCGACAUUUUUGUCAGUAUUGCCGGUACGAUUCUAUCCUUCGAAUGCAAAUCGAGCGGAGCUAAUACUUCCUGCGCAAAAAACUAAGAGCAGUGAUUCAGUAAAUCAGACCUCAGACGUUAAGAGAGAUGGUCUUGCAACCGAAGAAAUUCAGAAGUUGAGAGAAAAGCAGACUCCGGUAAACCCUGAAAACCAGGAAAGUGAAAAAUCUGGUAAACGUGAGGAAUUUCCGUCAAAUAUAACUUUGAAGAUAAAUCCUACACAGCCGCUUCCAGCUAAGCCAAAAGAACAGUGUCACUUAGGAGAACUCAAUGAAAUAACACAGAAAAAAGAUGACAAACAAUCGAAGACAGCUGCUCCAGAAUCCCUUCCAAACAAAAAGGUUGUAAAACAAGGUAUCAGACGUGCACGGAGUUAUUCAUUAGACGACACCUCAGAGAAAAGCCCAACAAAACAGUCUUCCAAACCAUUUAAAUUAAGAGAACAGAAAACCGCCCAUCUGCUUGCAUCAAAGGAAUCGGCAUCUACUCGCCCGACUAGGAUACCUAAACUCAGUAUUCCCACAAUUUCUGUAGCUCAACCCCCCGAUCGUUCUCCAAAAAAAGAGCUAGAGCUGGCAGCAACCGUAGAGGAAGCAUCGCCUUCUGCUGGUUAUUCGUCCACUUCAGCUGCCCAACCGACUUUUGAGCAGUCACACACAAACCUACCUCACGGAAUCUAUACUGAACAGUCUGAGGAACCCUUUUCCAAAGAAGAACCAGAUUUAAAUAAGGCACAAGAAGGCUUCCUACCACAUCCUGUCACUGUACCCGCUACAGAAGCGACAUUUUCAUCGCCUGCCCCCUUACAACCUCCGUUGAAAUCUAUUUUGAAGCGUUCUACCUCAGUCAGUCAGUUGAGCAGUCUAGUUUCUCCCCUGUCCAUAACAAAACCAGCUUCGAAAACGUUUCCGGGAAUAAAACGCACACAGUCAGCUAGAACGCUGGUAGAAAAAGACAAUGUCCAACUAAAAAACCCUCCCAGUGAAAAACGAGUAGGUUUUGACAUCCGCAGCAAUUCCAUUCUCGAAUUUUAUCCCUAUGAUUCCACAGAUGAAAGUGGUUCUUUUGGCAGCGAAGAGUAG